AUGCUGCUCACAAAGAGUAUACUUUCCAACAGGGAUGGAUCUUUUCUAUUUCCUGACCGCAAGACAAGACAGUGCGAUAUGGAUGGGGUUGUAUCGGUGGGUUUGAAGCGGUUGUGCGAGAUCUCGUAA